AUGUAUGUUUCUUUCUUCUCCUUAAUUUUUUGUUUUUAUGUUUCGUUUUAUAUUCUUUUCAUUACGUUAUUUACCAAAAAAAAUUGCUUAUGCAUUGUAUUAAAAGAAAGAGAAGAAUCAUACAACAUAAUAUUAAAAAAGAAAAACAAAACAAAACAAAACAAAACGAAAUAUUUUGUUCAUAAUUUUUUUAAAAAAAAUAAUGUUCAUCCAUAUUAUAAGAGCAUUCGAAUAUUUCCCGGAAGGACUUUCUUACCAUAUUAUCAAAAUGUAAAGGAUAAAAAAAAAAGAAAUAUAAAACUCAAGGACAAUAAUAAUAAUAAUAAUAAUAAUAAAUAUAAUAGUAUAUGUAAUUAUUAUGAUAAUCAAAAUGUCAAAACAAACAAAAAAAACCUACCACCUUAUAAUAACAUAAAAAAUCAACAUGAUCAUGUAGUAAGUACAAGUAAUAAUCAUAUCAAUAUGAUGUCCAAUUUAUUAAAAAAAAAGAAAAAAAAAAAAAAAACCACUUUUUCAAAAAAAGAAAUGUUAAAUAUAAAGAAAAAAAAUGAUAAGUUCAAAUUCUUAAACACAAAACAAAACAAAUAUAUAUAUAAUAAAACAAAACAUACACACAUGAAAUAUAUAAAAGAUAAUAAGAAAAGGAAUUCACUUGGAAAAGAUAAACAAAAUAUACUCCUCAUAGAUAAGCAAUUAAAUAAUACCGAAUAUAAAAGUAAUAUAGAACAACAAAAGCAAGAUAAUAAUCAUUCAUAUUUUGAAAAAAAAGAAAAAAAAAAAAAAAAAAAAAAAAUUCAUAAAUUUAAAACAAGUAAAAAACAAGAAAAUAUAUUAAACAUGUUUGAAAACAAUUUAAAUUAUUCAAUAGACAAGUUAAAUAAAAAAACAAAAAAAUAUGAAAUAUUUACACAAAAAGAAAAUAUUAAAAGUGAUGUCCUACAAAAUGAAAUUCUAAAAAAGAUUCUUUCAAAAGAUACAAAAUCAAAAAAUAAACAUGAUCAAGUAAAAAAUAAAGAUGAUCAAGUAAAAAAUAAAGAUGAUAAAAUAAAAAAUAAACAUGAUAAAGUAAAAAAUAAACAUGAUAAAGUAAAAAAUAAGAAGGAUAAAAUAAAAAAUAAGAAGGAUAAAGUAAAAAAUAAAGAUGAUAAAAUAAAAAAUAACAAUGAUGAAAGACAGAACAAAAUAAAAAUGCCUAUAAAUAAUAAUCAAAAUAACUUCAAACAUCAAGACAAAUGUAAUAUUAAUCAUCAACAUGAAAAUAACAAAAUUAAACAUUACAUCGAUGAUAUAACCAAUCAACAAAAUGAACAAAAUAAUAAAGAUCUUCAUAAUUGUCUUAAUGAUCAUCAACAUAUUCAUAAUAAAAAUAUUAUAACCGAACAUACAAAUUAUUUACAUAAUCAUAUAACAACAAAUGCUCAUGUUAAUAAUAAUCAACCCAUUAUCAACAUACAACAAAUUUUUCAAGUCUCAAAAUCUGUUGAUAACUUUAGAAGACAAAUACAAAUAAAAUAUAAUAAACAAAAUAAUGGAAACGAAAUAAAAAAAAGAUUACAACAAUAUGAUUGUAUAAUUGAUUUUAACGCAAAUAAAAAUAUUAUCACACAAGGAAUCGCAGAAAAUAAAAAUGAAAAAAAAAAUGAAAAAAAAAAAAUUAACAAAAACUAUACAUUUUAUGAUGUAGGUAUAUAUGAUAACUUUAUUAACAUAUAUUUAAAAUAUAAUGAUAUUAAUUAUACUACCGAUCAUCAAGCCGAAUAUAUACCAAUAAUACUUUUUUUUUUAAAUAAUGUAAAAAAUGAUUUAUAUAAUUGUUAUAAACAAAUGAUCACAUAUCAUAAUAAUAAUAUCCUAAAUCAUAACUCUAAUAUUUUAUCAAAAGAAAAUGAAAAAAAACAACCUUUUUCAACAUAUAAUAUAUCAAAUCUUUGUUCUCCUGACCAAAUGGUGAUAAAUAAAAAAAUGAAUCAACGACAAAGCACACAUGUCGAUGAACAAAAGGACACAUCAUGUCAUAUAAAAAAUGUAUAUAAUAAUAAUGAUAAUAAUUUUGUUAUUCAAAAUAAUGAACUCCUCACUUCAAAUUUGUUGAUCAAGGAUAAUAAUAUUAAUUCUAAACAAAACCAGGACAUGCCUAACAAAAUAAAUUUUGCUAAAGAAGACGAUAAUAAAAAAUGUGAUGAAAAAAAUUAUAUGGAUGAUCAAAAAUGUGGUGAAAAAAAUUAUAUGGAUGAUAAAGAAAAAACAUCAAAUAUAAAACAAAUCCUAUACGUAAAUAAAUAUAAUGAAAAAUUAAAAAAAUUAAUUAGAACGUUCUUCUUACAUUGUCCAACAGGUACAGGAAAAACGUUCAUAUAUUUACUACCUCUCUUCCAAGAAAUUAGUAAUUAUAAUUUUUUAGAGUACGAACAAAAUCAAAUACAAACAAAAGAAUCCUAUGAUGAAAAUAAUUUAUUCUGUAAGCACAAAUUCUUUUAUGCUAAUAAAAAUAUAAAUGAACAACUCACUUCCUUCCUUUGUGUAAAUAAAACAGAAGAACAAAUUUUUAGAAAUUAUAAUAUUGAAAGAAUGAAACACAUAUUCAACUCUAUAAUAAAUCAAAAUAAUCAAGUUAAUCUAAAAACAGAAAACACAACAAAUGGUUCUUUAAACAAUGAAAAAGAAUAUGCCUUUCAUGAAAAAAAAAAAUUAAAUGAUAAUCAUAAGAAUCAUAUAUAUAAUACAGAAAGACAAAAAAAAAAAAAAGAUAUUUUAUUAAUUACAUAUAAUAAAGAACUUGCUGUUCAAAUAUAUGAAUUAUAUAAAGAUAUAAUCAAUUCGUUUUAUAAAUCAUAUGAUGCUUCAUUUUUCAAAAAUAAUAAUUCAAUCAUAUAUCCCAGCUCCAUACAAAAACAUGGACAAAUGCUUAUAGAAAAAUUAAAUAUCAAUUUUAAAGAAAAGUUAAAUAUGAAUGUUCAUUUAUUAAUAGGUGGAAAUAAUAUUAAAUAUCAGCUUAAAAGUUUAAAAAAAAAAAAAAAUAAUAACAUUAAAAAUAUAAAUAUAAACAAAAAUAUAAAUGUAAAUAAAAAUAUAAAUGUAAACAAAAAUAUAAAUAUAAACAAAAAUAUAAAUGUAAAUAUAAAUAGUAAUAACAAUAGUAAUAAUAAUUAUUAUUAUGACAAAGAUAACCAUGUUAAUGAUAAAAUGGAUAGACACCAUAUAAAUGAUAAACAUUCAAAUGAACAACAUGUAAUACAAUCUUCAUUUUGUGAUGAAGAAAAUAUUAACAUAUAUAUUGGAACACCAGGAAGGCUACAUAAAUUAAUACAUGAAAAAAAAAUCAUCAAAUUAAAUAAUAUAUCUACAGUUAUAUUCGAUGAAUAUGAUUUUUUUUUCAACUCGAUGAAAGUAAAAAACAAUCUUAAGAACAAAGAACAUGUGGUAGAAUUAGAAAACCAAUUUUUUGCAAAACUAUUAAAAAGUAUAUAUUUAAAAAAUAAAGAAGAAAUUGUACAAAAAAAAAAAAGUAUAAAAGACACAAAGAAUAUACAUCAUUAUAAAAACAACAAUUCAGUUAUAAAUGUUAUUUGUUGUAGUGCUACCUCGGCAAUAUAUCCAUAUUUAACGUAUACAAAACAUAUUAUUACAACCAACUUUUUAAAUAAUUUAUAUUCAGAAUUGAUAAGUGAUAAAUAUAUAACAGAUCAAAAUUAUAAAGAAAGGAAACAAAUUCAAAAUGAGGAUAUUACAAAAAAAAAAAAAGAAAUAGUAAGUGAUGAUAAUGAUAAUGAUAAUGAUAAUGAUAAUGAUAAUAAUAAUAAUAAUAAUAAUAAUAAUAAUAAUAAUGAUGGUGAUGCUAUUUAUAGUAGUAGUAGUAGUAGUAGUUGUAGUAAUAGUUGUAGUAGUGGUGCCGGUUUACAUUUAAAUAAUCAAAAAAAUAACGACACUGAACAAACAAAUAAUUCAUUUAUCAAUUAUAAAAAGGAGCAAAUAAUGUUAAACGAUUUGUUCAAAAUAAACAAUAUUGUAAAGAUGCCAAAAAAUUUAAUACACCUAAACUAUUGUUAUGAUAAAAAAAAUAAAGAAAGAAAUAAUAAUGCUACCAGUAAUUUCUUAAGAGUUCUCUUUUCUAACCCACUCAAUAAAAACGUUUUGGUUUUCUGUAACACUAAGAAAAAAGUGUUGGACCUAUGGAGUCUUUUCCGAAACCGCUUUGACGUUGACAUUCAGACGAUAUUUUCUCAGAAGGAUAAAGGAAAAAAGAAGAUAUUCAAGGAUAUAAAUUAUGCUAAUUUUUUUAAAAACGAUUUGAUUGAUUAUAAAAAUUUAAAAAAGUACGUCAACUUUUUAUUUAUAUCAACAAAUUUGUUAUAUAGGGGUAUCAACUGUAUGGGUUUCACGACAAUUAUAAAUUAUGACAUGCCUUUUGACACUACAGAAUAUGUACACAGAUGCGGACGAAUAGGAAGAAUAAACAACAAGGGGGCUAUAAUAAAUAUUUUUGAAAAAAAAAUGAAAAGAAAUUAUAACAAAGAAAUAUUCAAUAAGUUAAAUAUAAAAACUUAUGAUAUUGACUGUUAUAUGAAUAAUAUGUUUACCUUUAAGGAAAAAGUAAAAAGAAAAUAA